GGUUGCAGAUUGCAAAGUAUCACAGUUCAACAGUGUAAACCAUCCAGACUUUCAAGGCAACUCUCUGACUAUGGAUUUGCUACUGGGAUGUUUAUUUAUCUGGAAAGUUUUAAGGACUUAUCAGGAGGAAUCAGCUUCACCAGUACCAUUCAAUGUGCAUAUGGAUAUGUACGCAAAUGAAUCUUCAGUACUGAAGCAGAGCUAAUCUAUCCGAGUAUCUUUGGUUUUGAUUCAAUUUGCCACUUCAACAAAUACACACCCCAAUUUCCCCAAGGAGAAAUACGCUCACAUAUUUUCUUAGUAUGUGAUGCACUGAGAAAUGCCAUAUUUUGCUUGUGACCUGAGAUGAAAUGAUCAACCAAGACAAUGAGAUAUACAAAGCAAGAGUUUGCUACGAUGGUUCUUGGAAUUGUGGUUUAUGUUGCGGAUAUUGGAGCAGAUCUCUGGGUAGCAAACAAAUAUUUCCAUGAGGGACAGUAUCUCUGGUGUGCCUUGACAUUGGCCACAGGGCUUCUUUCAUCACUAGUUGUCCAGUAUUUCAGUUACACUUGGUUUAAAGAUGAUGGCACUCACAAGCCGAGUUGGAUUUCUUCAUUACAUCUCUUACAAGCUGGAAUAUUUACAAGGUACUGGGCCGCGCUGAAAUGUGGCUACCAGGCAGCAUUUAAAACGAACAACUUGGAAGAUGGAUUGAUUGAUGGUUGCACCAGCCCCAUUCACAAGAGUGCCAUUUGUGCAAUGACUGAUAUAAGUAUGCUCAGACUAUUUAGGGCAUUUCUGGAGAGCACGCCCCAGCUCAUUCUUCAGAUCUACAUCCUGAUGACAUCUGACAGUUCUACCCCCAGUCAGUACGUAACCAUUGCAAUGUCUUUCUGCGGCAUCUCCUGUGCAACUGUGGACUAUCAGCUAGCUUUACGAAAAUCACUGCCUGAGAAAAAAAACUUUCCAGGGAUAUUUUCCAAAUUAAUAUAUCUUUUCUAUAAACUGUUGACUUUGACAUCUUGGAUACUCUGCAUCGCUCUGGUCACCGUACUAAGUAUAACGUCUCUUGUUCUACUUGUGUUUCUUUGGCUUUUGAGUAUAUGUUGGGUCCUGAAGCAACACACAACAUUUUGUACAUCUAAAGGACCAGAAAUUGUCUACAGGACUAUUGUGGGAAUCAUUCUUAUUUUUACCUUUUUUAAUGUCAAGGGAGAAAAGACCAAAAUACCUCUGAUUGUUUAUUAUACUGCUCGGGGGUUUAUAACUGCAACAAUACUGUAUGUUUGCAUGUCCUGCAAAUCAGUGUUUAAUGGGAAAAUAUAUUUGUUAUCUGUAAUCAUGGUGGUCAUUAUCACCCUAAUAUUGGGCAUUAUUUUUCUUAUUUCAUAUUAUGCAUAUUUUCAUCCUAGGAAUUUUUACACACAAGAUGUAGUUGAUGGACCAGGAAUUUAUUACACACAAGAUGUAGUUGAUGGACCAGGAAGUGAAAGAACAGAAAACUGUAGAAUGAGGGGAUUCCUGAUGCAAUAAAUCUCAUGACAAUUAUCUGUUGCUACUGCUAUGCUUCUUUUUAUUUAAUAAGAUAUGAUAGCCAUCUUCAAAUAUCCAAAGGGCUGCCACAUGGAGGAUGG